AUGUCGUUAUUAACUUCCACCCUAGUCGUGGUUCAACAAUAUCUCACAAGAUACGGAAUGACAACAUAUGAUAUACUUGGAAACAUUGGAUCUAUUUUUAACUUACUUAUCUUCAGUCGAUCAUCACAUCGUCGCAAUUCUUGUUCACUGUACAUUGUUAGUAUGUCAUUGUGCAGUUCGAUUGGUUUAAAUAGUGCUGUCAUACCUAUUAUUUACGCACUUGACCAUCCGAAUCCACUAUCAUAUUCGAUUCCUUUUUGCAAAUCACAAUAUUAUUUUCGCCAUGUAUUUAGUCAAUCGAUGCGAACAUUCUUUGUCAUUAUUUGUGUUGAUCGGUAUGCGAGUUGUAACAAUCGGGUGUUUAUUCGUUCAUUCAGUCGACAUAAAAUAGCGAUUCGUGUCAUUCCACUUGUGAUGAUUUUCUGGAUUCUAUUAGGCUUAUUUCCAACAAUGUUAUAUACAGUUAGUAAUGGUGUAUGUGAUGUACAGAGUGGUCUACCUAAUAUAUUAUAUUCUGCUUAUAUUAUGAUUGUACUCGGUAUCUUUCCACUAGUAACUUUGUGCACUUUUGGAGUAUUAAUGGUAAUAAAUUUGAAAGAAUUACGCGCAAAUAUUCAAACCUUAGGAAACAGAAAGAUCAUAAGUAUUCUUCGAAAACGUGAUCGGGAUAUGAUGAGAAUGUUACUUACGGAAUUAGUCAUUUACAUUAUUACAACUAUACCAAAUACUGUGGCUCUCAUUUAUAAAGCAGCGGCUCCGCCUGCAGCGAACGGUAGUGAACGUCAAUGUAUUGAAUCAUUCGUUUUCUACUUUGUCCGUGAAUUCUUACUCUAUUUAAAUAACAGUCUUUCGUUUUGGAUUUAUCUAAUAACAUCACAAUCAUUUCGGCAUGAAUUUAAAAGACUAUUGCUCCAUUUGUUUUCUUUUGUUAAACAUAAAAAGCCACAAGUGGCUAUAGUUCAUUGA